UUGACGUAUGUCAACUCUGUAAUGGUUUUGCCCUGCGCUCUCCUCUUUCUUUUGCAAUCGUUCCUAAAGUAAACAAGGACGAUUAGAGGCAUCCAUCAUGCCCCGUGAAAUCAAGGAAAUCAAAGACUUCCUUCUGCGCGCGAGGAGGAAGGAUGCCAAAUCUGUGAAGAUCAAGAACAAUCCUAAGAAGGGAAACACUAAAUUCAAGGUGCGUUGUUCACGCUUCCUGUACACACUGGUGAUCUUUGACAAAGAGAAGGCAGAGAAACUGAAGCAGUCAUUACCACCAGGUUUGCAAGUGAAGGAAAACAAGUGAACUAUUUUUUAAGUAUCGGUAAUGUUCUUGUAUAAAAAAAAUAAAUUACUUUAAUUUA